CCCCUUUCAGAAUACAGCUCUCAAGCAGUGGGACGGGUCUGCCAACGCGCAUGCGCACAAGAGCGCUGUUCCUUCCAUUCAGAAUACAGCUUCCACAGCCUCGCGUUCCCUUCCGUCCCGGCUCCUGAUUGGCCGAGGCGGCAGAGCCAGGUUCUGUCACAUGACCCAAAGCGGAAGCAGCCACAAAGGAGGGAGCAGUGCAGCGUUCAAUGCUGUCCCCCGUCCCUCCUUCCGCCCUCGUUAAAAAUAAAUAAAUUACAGAUCCUGUAAUUAACCCGGCUGCUCUGAAGUCUUGAGAGCUGACGCGGAGCUCUUCAGAAGCUCUGAAUCUGGAUUAAGUUCAGUGUCUUUUGAGGAUGUGGUUGUUGGUGUUUCAUGAAGGAACAACUUGCUUCUGAUCCAAAUUGAUGAAAUUUAAUCCUGUUUCUGAUGAAAGAGAAUCUCAGGAGCAUGGCAUCCUUCGAAUUUCCUAGUGUGACAGUAAAGCUUGAAGAUGAAGAAGAGGAACCAUGGGUCCCACAGACUCAAGUAUCAGAAGAAAAGGAGACUUUCCUAGGUUCUCAUUCAGCAGGAUUUUUUGUUCCCAAAUCAGAAGUGAUCCAUGGAGGAGAUCCUUGGAUUCCAGAGCCUGUUUCAGAAGAAAAAGAGAUCCCAGCAGACUAUGGCUCAGAGCUCCCCGAUGUGAUUGUAAAAUUGGAACAAGAAGAAGAACCUUAUGUUCCUUACCACUCAGUUUCAGAGGCAAGUGUGAUAUUCAAAGGGUCCCAGAUAGCAGGAGGUGGCCAUGAAAGGUUCUUUGUGGGAGAACUUCCCUAUUACUCUGGCUGUGGGAGAAGCUUCAAUGAUAGACCGGACCUUAUCAAGCAUGAGAGCCAAAGCACGGCCGACAAACCGCACAAAUGCUCCCGCUGUGCUAAAAGCUUCAUGAAAAGAUCCAACCUUCGGACCCACGAGAGAAUCCACACUGGGGAAAAGCCGUUCCGUUGCUCGGAGUGUGGGAACAGCUUCAGCGACGGGUCCAGCCUGAUCCGGCAUAAGCGGAAACAUACAGGCGAAAAACCCUACAGUUGCUCGUCCUGUGGGAAAAGGUUCAACCAGAGCUCCAGCCUGAUCAGGCACGAGAGGAGCCACACAGAGCAGAGGCCGUAUAAAUGCCUGGAGUGCGGGAAAAGAUUUAAUCAGAGUUCGACGCUGGUGCGGCACGAGCGGAUCCACCGGGAACAGAAGAUGUUUCAGUGUUCAGCUUGUGAUAAGAGAUUUAUCCAAAGCUCCAGUCUUCUCGCACACGAGAGGAUCCACAGGGGAGAGAAGCCGUACUGUUGCGACCUGUGCGGCAAAGGUUUUAUUCACAAAUCGAAUCUCUUGAUUCAUGAGAUGAAGCACACGGGUCUCAAACCAUUUAAAUGUCCAGACUGCGGCAAAGGAUUUAAUCAGAAUUCAAGCCUGGUCAUACAUAGGAGAAUUCACACGGGAGAGAAGCCCUAUAACUGCUCGCACUGCCGGAGGCCUUUCAGUGACAAAUCGAGCCUCAAUAAGCACGAGAGAGCCCACAGAGGGGACAAGCCGUUCAAAUGUUCCAGCUGCGGGAAGUGCUUUGUUCGAAGGUCGCACCUCCUGACGCACGAACGGAUCCACAGUGGGGUAAAGCCCUUCAAAUGCCCCGACUGCGGGAAGAGCUUCAGUAGCCGCUCACACCUCAUCAGGCACGAGGGAACCCACACAGGAGAGAAGCCCUACGACUGCUCCUUUUGCGGGAAGAGCUUCAACAGGAAAUCCAACCUGACGAACCACGAACGGACCCACACCGGGGAGAAGCCUUACAACUGCUCUGACUGCGGGAAGAGCUUCAGCGACAGGUCAAGCCUCAUCAAACACGAGCGGAUCCACACUGGCGAGAAGCCGUACAGCUGCACGGCCUGCGAGAAAAGCUUCAGCGACAAGUCCAGCCUCAUCCGGCACGAGCGCAUCCACACCGAAGAGAAGCCUUACAAAUGCUCAGAUUGCGGGAAAGGGUUCAACCAGAGCUCCAGCCUCAUUGUGCACGAGAGAACCCACACGGGAGAAAAACCGUUUAAAUGCUCAGACUGCGGCAAAGGCUUCAUUAGGAGAACAAUUCUUAAUAAGCACGAGAGAACCCACAGAGGAGACAACCCAUAAAGGCUGGGAGAGUAGAGUGCAAGCAUGGGCAAGUUGUUGUUGAAGGCUUUCAUGGCCAGAAUCACUGGGUUGCUGUGAGUUUUUCAGGCUGUAUCUGUUGGAAACUUGCUUAGUUUCCAACAGACCUCACAACCCCUGAGGAUGCUUGCCAUAGUUGCAGGCGAAACGUCAGGAGAGAA